GUGGCAUUAACCCUUUUCAACUAUUUCAAAACCCUAAUUUUCUGUUCACCAUGUCUUUCUCUUCCAGUAACCGCAAAACCACUCCUUUUUAGACCCAAAAACACACCCUUUAUGAUCUGCUUUCCCUCACGAAAAUUGCCUAGCUCGCAUGGUCGGCAAGGUCCCUGCCCAGCAACCGCAGCAACAACAGAACACUGGGGCCUCUAUUUCUACGGCUACGAGAUCCGUGGCUGCCGGGGACAUGAACCAGGCCUCAACUUCUAGUGAUUCAGAUGAUGAUAUCGGAGGGGAAUUUCUGAUUCAAUCAAACACUCAAAAGCACCAGAAACUUCAAGAAGAUGAUAACUCGGCUGUUUUUGAAACUGUGGAGGCAGUAGUUGACGGAAGACAAAAGAAUUCUGAAGCUGUUGAGGCCAAGGUAGGUUUAGAUGUAAAUAGGAAAAAGCAUGAUCGUGGUAGGGGAAAUUCUGUUUCAGACGGAGGCCGUGGUUCCAGAAAUGAACAAGUAAGAUCACAAAUAUCUGCUACAACAGUUUCACCUUCAAAUGGUCAGCUUGAGAACUCCUAUCUUAGGGGACUAAAACAAAAAGAGAAAUCGGAUCCUGAUGAAGAGGAAAAAAAGUCGAAGGAGGUCACAGCAGUGAGCAGUGAUGAUGAAGAGGCAAACGAGGACCUCAGCCUUAAGAUUGUGGAGAAACAUCUAUUGAUGCGUGCGGCCAAGUUAGUUCAAAAUGAUGGUGACGAUGACAAUGACGUCAUAUUAUAUGAUGAGAAAAAGGUGGAUCUCUCUUCUUCGUCUGUGCUGGAACCUGGGGUUGUCACUGCAGGUCCAAGUAGAACCAAUGACAAGACUGUCAUUGAAGACGUGAAGAGUGAUAAUAAGAGAACUAGGGUUAGGAAAAAGAAGAAGAAGAUUGAAAUGAUGGAAAUUGGAGACCAAUCUGUCAUUGUGAAGGAAGUUCAUGUCAAGACAGUUGAGAAUGGUGAAGAGGCAGUUAAAGCUUCAGAUAUAUCAGAUAAUAUUGUCCUGCGAAAGCUUCUUCGGGGGCCAAGGUAUUUCGAUCCUCCAGAUAGCGGUUGGCAAACUUGCUAUAAUUGUGGUGAAGAGGGGCAUAUGGCUGUGAACUGUUCAUCUGCUAAGCGUAAGAAACCGUGCUUUAUUUGUGGGAGUUUGGACCAUGGUGUCAAGCAAUGCUCCAAGGCGCAAGAUUGCUUUAUUUGCAAAAAAGUUGGUCACCGUGCAAAAGAUUGUCCAGAGAAGUACAAGAGUGGCUCUCAGAAUGCUAAAGUAUGUUUGAAAUGUGGAGAUUAUGGGCAUGACAUGUUUUCAUGCAGGAACAAUUAUUCACUUGAUGACCUCAAGGAAAUACAAUGUUACAUUUGCAAGAGUUAUGGCCAUCUGUGCUGUGUUAACAUCACUGAUAAUCGUUCAAGAGAAGUUUCUUGUUUCAAAUGCGGUCACUCUGGUCACACUGGAUUGGCAUGCAACAGGUUACGAGGUGAAACCACAGAUACUGCGUCACCUAGUUCAUGCUUCAAGUGUGGUGGAGAAGGACAUUUUGCACGUGAAUGUGUGAGUUCCGCAAAGAUUCGUAGGAAGAAUUUUGAUUCAUCAACUCCAACACUUAGACCUCAUAGAGAAAAUAAAGACUACUCAGGAUACAAAUCUGCCCCUAAUGAUCAUGGUAAGGGUCAUAAAAAGAGAAAGACCCAAAAUGAAGAUAUAGGCAUUACAACGCCACAAAAAUCUAAACACAGAGGCGGUUGGAUAACAGAGGAUCCGGGAGAACGUUCCUCCUAUAGUGAGACCAAAAGGAGUCGUUGGAAGUCUCCUGCCACACCUACUAGUAAGGGUCAUAAAAUUUCUGCUGUCACUGCGGGUGGUCAUAUUUCCAGUUCUCGGUCAUUUAAAAAUAAGUCGGUUCAUCAUCAUAGAUUUGCGGCGUCCAGGUUUGACAACUCUGGCAACAAUGGGUUUAGGAAUUAUGAUUGGUGGUAG